AUGACUAUUUUUGUUUGCGGUUACCAAAACUCCUCAAAAAACAUAUGGAAUGUUAUUUUGGCUGAUGUUCCUCGUACCUUUCCAGAAAAUAAAUAUUUUCAAGAUCCAGAUAAUUCUAAUGGUAGAUUGGUAUCAUUGAAAAGAGUAUUGUCAGCUUUUGCAGUACAUUUCCCAAAUAUUGGUUAUUGUCAAGGUAUGAAUUAUAUAGCAGCUGUACUUUUGCUUGUUCUUAAUUCUCCAGCGAAUGAAAGAGAAAUUCAAACAUUUUGGUUAUUAGAUGCAUUGAUGAAUUAUAUUUUACCAAAAUAUUAUUCAACCGAUAUGUUAGCUGUACGUGUUGAUUGUAUGGUAUUUGAUGAGUUAUUAAAAAAUAAAAUUCCUGCAGUACAUAAAUUAAUCAUGAAUUCCGGUAUUAAUUGUACGUUACUUGCAACUAAAUGGUUCAUUUGUCUAUUUGCUGAUGUUUUACCAAUUGAAACUACAAUUCGUGUAUUCGAUUGUUUAUUCUACGAAGGGGAUAAAGUAUUAUUUCGUGUAUGUCUUUCAUUGGUCCGUUUACAUUACAAAGAUUUAAUUCAAUGCAAUGAAUUCCCUGUUAUCAUUACAGCAUUUCGUAAUAUGUGCAAAGACAAGCAAACAUUAUAUUGUCAUCAAUUUAUUGAUUCAAUGUUUCGUUCACAUGGUUCAUUGUCUAAAUCAAAAAUUGCUAAACUUCGUAAUAAAUUCAUGCAACAGCUAGAAAAUGAAAGCGGUCAACAAUAG